GCAGAUUCCCACCUACAUUACUAAAGAAGUUGAGUAAGGAAUGCCUUGUGCUACAAAGAAACAAGUAUGGCUUAUCACCGGAAAAGUUUCAAGCAAAUGAUGAUCUGUCUAGCUUUUUCAUUAUGUUGACUACCAGCACAGAUACACGCAACAAGGUCUUUGUUUCUACUCUUCAAGCAGAAAACUAUCCAAUAACUGCUUUACAGUGGCAUCCAGAGAAAAGUGCUUUUGAAUGGGGAUCAUCAGCAAUUCCACAUUCUGAGGAUGCAGUUCAAGUGACUCAACUUGUUGCCAACUAUUUUGUCAGUGAAGCAAGAAAGUCUUCUAAUAAACCGGAUGCUCAAAAAGUACUUGACAACCUCAUCUACAAUUACAGUCCCACUUAUAGUGGAAAUGCUGGGAAGGGUUACGAUGAGGUUUACAUUUUCAACGGUCCUGCAUUGAGCUCUCUUUAGGUGCAGAGGAAAUGCAAAUGACCUAGUAACAAUAUUAGAAUAAUCCCGAGUGUAACAUUUGGUAAACGAAGGGACUUCUCGAGUUGCAUCUGAGACUAUUGAUGCUUCGAACAAUCUCCAGUUUCAUUCCAAAUAACUAGCACUUGAUUGAUAAUAGCUCCGCUCUAGUAUCA